GGAGCCAGCCCUUGGGGAGUUCGGGUUUUUCUUGUUUUUUUUUGUUGGUCGUGCUGCUGUCGCAGUUGUCUGGCUGUCGCGGUUGUCAGCCUGCUGUUGCUUGCUUGCUCUCGGGUGUGUGUCUUGCUUGCAGAUUACCUACCUACCGACCUACCUAUACGAUCAUAUCGUAGUGCUGCUCUCUACCUACCUACUCACCUGCUUCCUUGACGUUACGUUUACAUGUGUCCGUUUCUUCUUCUUCCGAUCCUUCUUCUGAUUCUUCUGAUUCUUCUGGUUCUUCAUAUCCUUUGUCGUUUUUUUCUGAUUCUGGUUCUUCUUCUUCCGAUUCUUCUUCUGAUUGUUGACACUUGUUGGCAUCUCUUGUUCCUCUGCUGUGUGCUGUCGGUUGCUGUGUCUGUUGUUAUGUCGUGCUGUGUUGCUAUGUCGUGCUCUGGCUGUGUCUGCUGCUAUGUCUGCUGUGUUGGCUGUGUGUUGCUGUGUUGUGCUAUGUUGCCGGGCGUACUUGAUUGUUUGUGCUUUGUGCUCUUUCUUCCUCUGCGGUUCUGAUGGUUGAUUCUGUGAAGGUCAGUUAGCUGGUUGGUUCGAUUGGCUGGUUGGAUGGUUGGUUGACUGAGCUGAUCC